ACACCAGGAGCAGCGUCGCAUUCAGUAGCUAGUCUUCUUCCUCCGCCGCUCUCGCCAUCGACGACGCCGAGGCAGGCAGGCAGGGAAGCGAUCGCCAUGGCGCCUCGCAGCCGGUUCCUCGACCUGGAGAGGCACGACGUGCUCUUCUUCUACGGCGCCUACCACCGCAGCGACGACGCAGGCGCGGGCGCGGCCACCCACGCGCUCGUCUUCUGGCCCGUCUUCCUCGUCGCCGCCCUGCUCCUCCACCUCGUCACCCCGUUCCCGCACGCCGCCGCCGUCUGCGCGGGGAUCUACGUCGCCUACUGCUUCCUCCUCGACCGCGCGGCGCGGGCUUCCUCCGCCGGGCCGGCGGCGGCGCCCUCUCGCCCCACUGCUCAGUGCGUGACGAGGGCAGGCUAUACGAUCGGGCAGGAUUCAUGAGCGCGUAAUGAUCAAGUUGAUUGGUGCGGGAACAGAGCUAUGGAGUAGUCUGGUCUCUGUGGCCUUCUCCCAUUGUGAACAUCAGGCAGCUGGCGGCCUGAGACUCCUGAUGUAUGAGCGAUGUCUUGAUCUGUGUACAUUCACUUCGAGAUUGGGUGGCAAUAAUGUAAAAAUCAGAGAAAAUGUUCAUAAUCUCGCAGCGUUGAACCUGGAAGAUGAAUGGCUUGCAUUGUUUGCUUUCCGUCAGUCUUGUUUUUCAGAUGUUAUACUGUGAACCAGUAAGACCAGACGAUAUCAAU